AUGCUCUCUUAUAGGGCACGCAUUCCACAGAUCGACGAGAGAUUUUCUACCAUCCGGAAGCAAUUGGACGAACGUAGAAGGUUGUCGAGGGAUGAAGCUUUCCAGCUUGUCGAUGGAGACCCACCGACCGAGAUUGACGAACCGUCGGAUGGACUUCCUAGUCCGGCCGAUGUAGAGAUGUCGUUGUCCGCUCUCACUGGCGUCUCCAGACCCACGAUCAUCCGCUUCGACACCACCAUCCAUCAACAGCCAGCGGCCGCCCUCAUCGAUAGUACAUCCUCGCACAAUUUUGUGAGUUGUGAAGCUGUCGGGAAAUUGUUCUUAAGAGCUACUCCGAUUAAACCUUUUAAAGUGAUGGCCACCCAUGCAGAUUUCAUAUGGUGCGAACGAUGCUAUACAGUAGUCCCAAUUGAGAUACAGGGGGUACAACUUCAAGUCGACUUGUAUGGGCCCAAUGCUAGAAGGCGUUCAAUGGCUUUUAAUUGGAAGAAGGCUACCGUUCGUUUUAAAGAGAAGGGCUCAUGGGUUAAGUUGCAGGGAUUCAAUGAUCCUGAUAAAAGGACAACAGCCGCUGCCGAACCCCUCAAUCCUCCAGUAUUCGGGGAAAAGCUAACCGCAGCUCCGCCUCACCACCACUGA